AUGUGUAUAAGACAAGACUAUCAAUUAAAGACCCUCUUCGCGGUUUUGGUUCUUGCUGCUGCCGUGGCCAAAACGCAUGGGCAAGGUCCAAAGGAAAGCAACAGCAUGAGUAAGAGGACACUGGACCAAGACAGGGACUUCUUCACACACUCACCAACACAGGACACAGAGAGUGAAGUCCACCUGGUUACCACUGUCUCACCAAUGAACAUCCCCAACCACCAGCCUGUCUUCAAGGGCCUGCUCCUUCACGAGCACCUACUUACAAGGGACUUCCAGGGGGACCAACACUUUUUUAGGAGGGAUGGCUCUGUGGCUGCAUAUCCCACCAUGCCAGGCUCCGUGUCUGCCCCGGAUGCAGGAGACCCCGCCACUCAACUGGUGCCCCAUGAGGACGCCCCAGCCUUCUCUGACAUUGCCACUACUGCCACUCCGGCUGCCACCUCUCCACUGACCACAUUUUCUCACACAACACCGAGGCCACCCAUGUCUCUGCCUCAAAAGAAGCCCUCUAAGGAGAAGACCAGGGGGCCAGACAAAGUAGAACCAACAACAGACUCCCUCACCACUCAAGUGACUCCAAAUAAUAGAGGUUCAAGCAGCGAAAACAACCCAGUAGCUUCCUUAACCUCGCAGAGAAGUCAGCCUCAAAGUGGGAGUGUUUUUCCCCUAGGCACCACCCUUGCACCCGUCUCAAUGAGGAUGGAGAAAGGGGAAACCCAGGAAACACCACUGAAAUCCAAAACCAGCCCUGAUCAUCCACUCCCCAACCUAACUGAAGUGUCCCGAGUAGAAGGUACAACCCCAACGUCCACAACCAUUAUCACAACUACCACCAUCACCAUCACUCAAACGUCAGAGCCAUGCGGUCUGAAUUUCACUGACCCUGAGGGUAACAUCGAAAUCCUACAGCAACUUGACUCUGGAGUGGAGUGCAACUACUUAGUUACAGUCUACCUGGGAUAUGGAAUCGAAGUUCAGGUGCUAAAUGUGAGUGUGCUGGAGGGAGAGCAGGUGACCGUGGAGGAUACCGGUGGUCGGGAACCUUUCAUCCUUGCCAAUGAGUCAGUCUUGAUGAGGGGCCUCAUACUACGCAGCUGGAGCAACCAGAUCUCCAUCCGUUAUCGUAGCGAUCAACAGCACAACUCCGGAUUCCUCCUGCUGCAUUACCAAGCCUUUGUACUGAGUUGUUCAUUCCCUAAAGAGCCUGCUGGUGGAGAAGUUUCAGUGACACACCUCCAUCCUGGAGGAGAAGCCUACUUCCGCUGUUUCACCGGCUAUAAGUUGCAAGGCCCCAAAAUGCUCACCUGUCGCAAUGCAACUACACCUUACUGGAGUGGAAAGGAGCCCCAGUGUAUGGCAUCCUGUGGGGGAAUGAUAAAAAAUGCUACAUACGGACGUAUUGUCUCUCCUGGUUUCCCUGGCAACUACAGCAACAAUCUGACAUGCCACUGGGUCCUGGAGGUCCCUGAAGGCUACCGGCUUCACAUUCACUUUGAGAAGGUGGCCCUGGCAGAAGACGAUGACAGGCUGCUUAUUAAGAAUGGCAACAACAUAGACUCUCCCCCUGUGUACGACUCCUAUGAGGUAGAGUAUUUGCCCAAUGAGGGUGUGCUCAGUACUGGACGCUACCUGUUUAUAGAGUUCACCACAGACGGGACAGUAACUUCCACUGGUGCAGCCAUCAGAUACGAAGCUUUUGCGAAAGGUACAUGCUAUGAGCCCUUCGUGAAAUACGGCAACUUCAGCAGCAGCGACUCCACUUACAGUGUGGGUGCAGUUGUUGAAUUCUCAUGUGACCCUGGCUACACACUAGAGCAAGGCUCCGUAGUGAUUGAGUGUGUGGAUGCACAAAACCCACAGUGGAAUGAGACUGAGCCAGCCUGUAGGGCUGUGUGCAGCGGGGAGAUCACAGACUCUGCUGGUGUGGUGUUGUCUCCUAAUUGGCCUGAGGCCUAUGACAAAGGGCAGGACUGCAUCUGGGGUAUCCAUGUGGAAGAGGACAAGAGGAUCAUGCUUGAUAUCCAAGUUCUCCAUGUGGGUAAGAAUGACCUGCUGACCUUCUAUGAUGGCGAUGACCUCACAGCCAACAUCCUCGGCCAAUACAGUGGCACGCGGCCACACUUCAAGCUCUACACGUCCACGGCUGAUGUCACCAUUCAGUUUCAGUCAGACCCUGCCACCAACAUCUACGGCUACAACAAUGGAUUUGUGGUCCACUUCUUUGAGGUGCCGAGGAACGACACGUGCUCUGAGCUACCGGAGAUCGCCAAUGGCUGGAAGAGCACAUCCCACCCUGAUCUAAUCCACGGCACCGUCAUCACCUACCAGUGCUACCCUGGAUAUGAGCUUGUAGGAUCUGAGAUCCUCAUGUGCCAGUGGGAUCUAACUUGGAGCGGUGAUGUGCCGAGAUGUGAGGAAGUUAUGACAUGUCAGGACCCUGGAAACGUGGAGCACAGUCGUAAGGUGAUCACAGGCAGCCGCUUCGCCGUUGGGUCAACAGUGCAGUUUAUCUGUAAUAAAGGCUACAUCCUGUCUGGCAGCGGCCUCCUCACCUGCUACAACCGAGAUUCAGCCAGUCCCAAGUGGAGCGAGAGGCUGCCUAAGUGUGUCCCUGAAAAGUACGAGCCGUGCAGGAACCCUGGUGCUGCCUCCACCAGUGUGCAGAGCUCUGAAAAGGCCUUUUACCAAGCAGGAGAGAUGCUGACCUUCUCCUGCCACUCAGGCUACGAGCUGCAGGGUGAGGCCACCAUCUACUGUAUCCCUGGACACCCGUCACAGUGGAAUAGCACUCCCCCUGCCUGCAGAGCAUCCUCAACCCAGUAUGUGAACGAACGCAGGCUAGAUGUUGUUAAUAGGGAUUAUGGCAUGGAGGGAACCAAUAUCGCCCUUGCAGUUUUUAUUCCAACUGCAAUCAUCUUGGUGGUUGUCCUUGGGAUAUAUGUCUACUUUGCAAAGCUGCAGGGGAAGUCUAUCAGAAUGCCAACAUCCUCGCCACCGUACGACAACAUGACAGAAGAGUCAGCUUUCGACAACCCUAUAUAUGAGAGUGGAGUAAGUACAGAUGUCAUGAGCAUGCAAGACGUGGAUUCACAGAACACCAGUGUGCUGUCCUGA